AUGGAAUCAACAAUAUUCGGAUCAGUUAGUAAUUGCAUUGAAGAUAAAGAAAAUACAAAACAUAAUUUAUCGGAUGAAGAUAAAGUAAACAUUCGAAUUGAUUGUCAACAUCGAGGAAUGGCAUUGAAUCAUAUUUGUUUAUAUGAAUAUAAUGUAGAAUUAUUACAUGAAUGUAAAAGUCAUCGAGACGAGCUUUUGCUACAAGUUAUUGUUGAUGAAGGAAAAAUUGACUGUGAUGAAAUGAAACAUCAACAAACAAAUUUUGUGGAAGAAUUCAAUGCUGAUUUAGAUGUCAACAAUAAUUUGCUGCAUUUCAUUGAUUUGCAAGAUGAAAUGAAUGAUGAUCAUCAGAAUAGCAUUGGCUCAACUAAAGCAGAAGAUCUUUAUAUUGAAAAUACAAUAAACAGCAUAGUGAAAACUCAACGAUUCGUGCCAUUAUCAAAAGAAAAAGGAAAUAUUGAUCUCAACAUUGAAAAUGGUUUUAACCUGAUUACUAAUAGAAAAGACUUAUCGAGGUCAUAUUUUAUUCAAGCCACGGAAACAGAUGUUCUUCCCAACUCAAAAUGGCAGCAAAUUAUUAAGGAAGCAAAACUUAAAGCGAGAGAAGCUAUAUUGGAUGGUGUUGAGAACUUAGAUAUUGUAAAUAUUAGUAUUUCAAAAUCUCUUGAAGAUAAUGCAUCAACACCCAUCAAUAUGGAAAUUAAUCACAUGAAAAAGUUCGACGAAAAACGUUAG